GAGCUGCGGCUCCCAGCGGCGCCGGGGUUGGGGGUGUGGCGGCGGGGCGGGCCGAGCUACCCGAGACCUUGGGGCUCAUGCUCGCCCGGCCCCUCGCUUUUACCGGGACCGAAACCCAAAUCCUGACGUUUUGGGGGCCGGCCCCUCGCUUCUACCCAGCUCAAAACUGAAGUCCUGACGUGUUGGGUCCGGCCCCUCACUUUUACCGAGACCAAAACCGAAGUCCUGACGUGUUGGGUCCGGCCCCUCGCUUUUACCAAGACCCAAAUCGAAGUUCUGACGUGUUGGGGGCCGGCCCCUCACUUUUUACCCAGACUCAAACCGAAAUUCUGAUGUUUUGGGGUCCCACUGGGCCCGAAUCGUCGCCGAGUCGGAGAGUCGCAGGCGCGAAGCUUCCUGAUCCGGAAGGAGGGGCCGCCCGCAGCGCGAGAUGCAAGUGGGGAAGUAUAGACCAAACAGAACACUGUGGGCUGCCAGCUUGUGACCUCAACUGUGGAGUCCAUGGACAUAUUCCUUGGCUUUUAAUGAGAUCGCUUGAGAGCAUGGAGGACUGGGCAACCCUUCGUUUUACAGACAAGGGAGCUGAAGACUAGAGAAGGCAAGGCUCUGUGCCCAGUCAUGCAGAGCUAGUUCCUGCACUGGGACCAGACCCCAGGUCUGUGAGAGUGGACGUUCCCUGAGAGGCCAGGGGUCACCACAGCAGCAUGGCUGAGUCGAGCAAGCCCAUCCUGUAUUCCUAUUUCCGAAGCUCCUGCUCAUGGAGAGUUCGAAUCGCUCUGGCCUUGAAAAACAUCGACUAUGAGACAGUAGCCGUCAACCUCAUAAAGGAUGGGGGCCAGCAGUUCUCUGAAGAAUUCCAGGCCCUGAAUCCCAUGAAGCAGGUGCCAGCCCUGAAGAUUGAUGGGAUCACCAUUGGCCAGUCCCUGGCCAUCAUCGAGUAUCUGGAGGAGACCCGGCCCACGCCGCGACUCCUGCCUCAGGACCCAAAGAAGAGGGCCCAGGUGCGCAUGGUGUCUGACCUCAUCGCCAGCGGCAUCCAGCCCCUGCAGAACCUGUCUGUCCUGAAGCAGGUGGGACAGGAGAACCAGCUGACCUGGGCCCAGCAGGCCAUCACUUCUGGCUUUAACGCUCUGGAGCAGAUCCUGCAGAGCUCGGCCGGGAGGUACUGUGUGGGGGACGAGGUGUCCAUGGCUGACCUCUGCUUAGCGCCUCAGGUGGCGAAUGCUGACAGGUUCAAGGUGGACCUCACUCCCUACCCCACCAUCAGCCGCAUCAACAAGUCACUGCUGGCCUUGGAGGCCUUCCACGUGUCUCACCCCUGUCGGCAGCCAGAUACACCCCCCGAGCUGAGGGCCUAGCUCUCAAACUGUGCCCCACUGGUGCGGGGGUGGGGGGCGGGGAAGGGUGCAGGGGGAAACACUGCCUGGGCUGAACUGGCCUGGAAAUGAACGAGCCCCAACUGCAGAGAAGCAGAAGACCUGAACUCUCACACUGGCUCUGCCUUCCUGCCAGACCGCUCUCUGCCUCAGCCCCUUUGUCUGUCACCCGUGGGCAGGGUGGAGUGGGAGGCCCCGCAGCAGGUAAGGCAGGCAAUUACCUGGUGUCUGGGUCCCAGGCAGUCAGGAGGAUGAAGUGAAUGUAGACUGAAAUGUCUGGCCAGUUUACCAGAGCCAUGAGGAAGUCUGAGUGCGUCUUCCAUCUCCUCGACCGUUAACUGACUUCCGGGACGGCCCACCCUGGAAUCUGAUCAUUAAACUAAAGCCCAGG